AUGACCCGUUGGGUCGAUGACCGAGAGAAAUAUUUUAUGGAGUUGAUUAGACUCGAAGGCCGUGGUGAUUAUGCCACUCGUGAAGCUUGUCAUGGACAUCGGGGAUGUGCAUUUGAGCCAGAGUAUCGCUGCAAAGAUUGUUUCGGCACCGAGCUGUACUGUAAGGAUUGCACGGUGGAAAGACAUCGUGAUCAGCCGUUGCACAGGAUCGAGCGCUGGAAUGGUUAUUACUUUGAGGAGACUACCCUCAAACAUCUUGGACUCCGAAUCCAGCUUGGCCACGCAGUUGGCGAACGAUGCUUCAAUCCAAGCAAGGCAUUCGACGAUGGCUUUGUGAUUCUGGACAUAGAUCGUGUUCAUCAAGUUGCGCUAGACUUUUGUGGGUGCUCGUGUGCACAAAGUCAUGUAACCCAAAUUCUUCGAGCCCGCUUGUAUCCUGCAACAUGCUCCGACCCCAAAUCGGCUGCCACCUUCCGACUUUUGCAACACUUCCAGAUGUUGACUUUUGAGUCAAAAGUGUCCGCAUUCAAAUAUUGGCAGACAGUCUCUCGUCUCACGGAUAACACAGGAAUCAAGCCCUGCAAGUAUCGUUACGAAAGCUUACUGCGCAUGAUCAAGCAAUGGCGAAACAUCACACUUCUUAAACGUUUCGGCCGAGGUCACGAUCCUGCUGGUAUUAAUGCGACCGAACUAGGAGGAUGCGCCGUACUUUGUCCCGCCUGCCCUCACCCUGGCAAGAAUCUACCGGAAGACUGGAAAAUGGCGCCGCCUGACAAGCAGUGGCUGUACGCACAAUAUUUCGCUAUCGACGCGAACUUUCGUCUGGUACGGAAGAACGUGUCGUCCGAUAGCGUCGACCCUGGUUUAAGUAAAGGGUGGGCUUACUUUGUUGAGGAGACCGGCUUCAAACUAUUCUUGAAGGAUGUCGGAAAGGUCUCACAAGAGAAAAGCACUUGCGUCAGCCACAACGCCGUGAACCUCGCUGAAACAAAGAACUCACGAGGGCUGGCUGCGACAGGAGCAGGGACCGUAGACUGUUCUCGUCACAACUUCAAGCGGCCUUGUGGAGUGGGAGAUCUUCAACGAGGAGAGAAGUAUGUAAAUAUGGAUUAUCUCUUUUUCUCGACCGUACAGCACUCCAGCGAAGUCAUCGUACUUAACGUGUCUUAUGACAUCGCCUGUCAGUGGAGCAAGAAUAUAUGGACCCGAAUGUCGAAAUACCCAUCGCGUCUACACUUCGAGCGUGACGGAAAGACAAUGACUUUCCUCGUUCCGAAGUUUCACUUGCCAGCCCAUAUCACCGCUUGUCAGACCUCUUUUUCGCAUAACCUUAUCAAAGGUAUGGGUCGCACAGAUGGCGAGGCUCCCGAGCGAGGAUGGGCCAAUAUCAAUCCCGUUGCUACGAGCACACGGGAGAUGGGCCCUGGUGCACGCAGAGAUACCCUUGAUGACCAUUUCGGUUACUACAAUUGGAAGAAAUUUACUAACUUCGGUAUUAGUUUAUUGAGCAAGAUAAAGACCGCAAUUCCCGAGCGCGAACAACACCAGCGCGACUUCGACGAAUUCAACUGCGCGCUGACCAACGAACGUCCAAGUGAAGUAGUCCAGUGGAAAGAAGUUGUAGAAAGCUGGGAGUCUGACCGUUCAAGCAAAAAUCCGUUCGAGAUAACGACGGUCUCCUUGACGCUGGCUGCCGUGCGCCUCAAACUAUCUCAACAGGAAGCUCAAGACCUCGAAAAUGGACUCAACAAUUCAUUGCAUACAGAUAUCUCACCCAGCGUGCUGAUAUCAUCUGGAAUUGACCUCGAAGAACAACAAUACCGCCUACGACAAGAUAUGGCUGCUCUCAGUGCCCAUCCGACGGAUCUGCAAUUGACGAAGCUACAGGAACGCUCGAAUGCACUCCUUCGAAAGAUAGAGCAGUGGUGCAAUAUUCAGUUGCUCUACAUGCCUGGAGUCGGCCGCCUUCGUGCAAUUGACACUGCGAAUGCGCAAUCUGUCCGUGAGGAGAAAGCACAUGAAGUCAUGCUGUGGCUUCCGUCAAAGGUCAAGGAGACCACUGAGUUGUGCGAGGAGCCGCUUUGCGCAUACAAAUUGGAGUUACGGCGUGCUCAGGCGCACGAAGCUCUGGACGACCUUCGCCGACAGCUUCGGCUUCGCACUCACCUUUACAAGUUCAAGGACACACACAUCCGGGGUCAACGGGCUAACACUAGGGCGUCUACGGUGCUUAACAAAGUGGAGCAUACGAUAAAAACUGCUGUUGCGCGGUAUCGUAGAGCCUGGUCAGCAAUCAAGACACUAUCCGCGGUCCUGGGCAAGCCGAAUUGGGAAGUAGAGUUGCCAGAGUUACAACUGGCUGAUGUUCGGGGGAUGGCGGAGGGAGAAACCGGGCAAUCCGAAGGCAAGCGCACCUUGUCCUGGAUCUGGAAGACCUGUGGUGUAGCUGGAGUUGGCGAAGAUGGCGAAGCUGUCCUAUCUGAAGGAUUGCGUAUCGAGUGGUGCAAGUCUCGGGCACGCGCUAACCGAUGGGCAGAGGAAGUCGAGCUCCUGCAAGAGGAGAUGCGCCGUGUAGCCGACUUUCUUGCCUGGCAUGCGGGAUGGUGGGAGAAGCGGGCAAAUUGGAGGACUGUCCCAGCCGCACCCGAACAGGAGGGUCUCCAAGGAUAUGCGAAACGCCAGGCUGCUCUUCGGAGGGCGAUGCGGGUGAGAUUCCAGGAGAUGUGGAGUGUCGUGCCGGCCCUUCUCCAGUCCCCAUCACCUGGUAUGGAUCCCCCCGUGUUGUAG